AAGUAUAAGGACUUAUUAUGAGCGUAAUCAUGUCAGCACCAUCACAAACAGGUAAGUUUCAGAAGUAUAUAUUGAUUUCAAUAAUCUCAUAAUUUAAGAUUUCAUAUGUUUUUAAUGCUAUUAUUCAGGACCAUUCUACGGCAUGAGAAUGUUUGGGAUGAAUCAAAGUUUGUACAGCAUAACCAUCAUGGGCACUGGCCUCACUACUCUCAUGCCUGCAGCUAUUUUCAGAUUCAGCAUGAGAGUUUUUUCUCAAUUAGUUCCACUUCAACUACAAGGUCCUCCUUUUACUCUUAUACCGAGCCAAACCUUGUUCCAAGAGGGUCCAGAUUUCUUGCGGACACUGUUUUCGCCACUGUUAUCACUGUCAUCACCGUUAUCGCCACCCUCAUCGCUUAGACUCUUCGACACUGACAUUAUUGAAACACUGGUAAACAUGGGUGCUGAUGAAAUUCGAAGAAUCUUUCACAUUGAUGAUCAUGCCGCUACUUCUUCAGAAUCUCAACCCCCAGAAAUUCCUCUCUGGAUUGUAAUCAAUGUUACUGAAAACAGCCUUCAUGCAACAACACAAUAUCUUUUAAGAAUGGUUCCAGCAGUCGAAAAACUCGUUGACACGUUGUUGAAGAAAUAUACGAUGUUACAGACUGAGUGUUGUUGCAUAUGCUUGGAUGAAUUUGAUCUCAAUGUUGAAUGCUACACACUUCCAUGUCGACACUUCUUUCAUCAAAACUGUAUUACGCGCUGGCUACAAACCCAUCAGACCUGUCCCAUGUGUCGCCAACCUCUGCGAACCCUAAAAGACUAGCAACAAAAG